AAGCUUAUUUCAACGCACAAACUUCGUUCUGUCUUCUUGUUCUAAGCUAGUGAUUGAGCUCCUUUCAUGGAAGGAGUAGGAGGAGGUGGUUUUAGCAUAGGAAAUUUACAAAAAAACCCUUUUAUAUAUCGACCAACUCCACCAUUAACAGCAGUAGAUAGGUUUUUAUGGGACAGGAAUCAUUUCUCACAGCAAAAGAGUGAAAAAGAGGUUAAAAACAAAGAAACAGUUAUUUCAACAAAUGUGUUUUAUGAUUUUUCUUCAUCGAGUGGUGCAAUUACUGGGGUUUUGCCAUGGCCAAGUUUUCAAGAUAUAAGCUUUGUGGAUGGACUCUUUAUUGAAGGAGACAGUCAUAAUCUUGAUUGGGUAUAUGAGGGAAACCCUAACGUGGGUUUUGAAGAAGAAGAAAUGAUUUUAGAGAAGAGCUCCAAAGGGUAUACAGGAAAGAAACUCAAGAAAAGAUCUAGUCCAAGUUUGAUCAAAGGACAGUGGACAGAAGAAGAAGACAGGAAAUUGAUUAGGCUUGUGGAGCAAUUUGGAGUGAAAAAAUGGGCUUUAAUAGCUGCAGAGCUGGAUGGUAGGGCUGGAAAGCAGUGUCGAGAGAGAUGGCACAACCAUUUGCGUCCAAAUAUCAAGAAAGAAAGCUGGAGUGAAGAAGAGGAGAGAAUUUUAGUUGAAGCUCAUUCAAAGGUUGGGAAUCGAUGGGCUGAAAUUGCAAAACUAAUUCCUGGAAGAACAGAAAAUUCUAUAAAGAAUCAUUGGAAUGCUACUAUAAGAAAGAAGGAUGCAAAGAGAAAGAACAAGCAAAAAGAAACUGAAAUUGGAAAGUCUCAUUCUUCAAUACUUCAAGAUUACAUUAUAAGCAAGAACCUAAAAAACCCUUCAGAUACUACAAUUACACCUUCUCAUAGCACAAUAACUACCAAUAAUACUCCUUCAAGCUCCACCUCAUCACCUGAUCAAGAUCCACCAUUCCAAUUCACUAAUUACUUUCUUCCUGAAUUAUCUGAACCCACUAUGGAUGAUUCUCCACCGUUGGUUACUCAAUCAUAUGAUGAUGAACUUCUUUUCUUGCAAAAUUUCUUCUCCGACAAUCCCAUUGAAAAAUCUGCAAUCAAGAAUCCAAUAGAGAUGGAAAAUUCAGUUGGCAUUGGAAAUGAAAAUGAUCAAUUUAACUUCCUUGUUUCGAGUUCGAGUUUGACUUCCCCAAAAAGACCUAAGAAUACUCAUCUCUAUUCAGACCUCUACGUCUCUUAUCUACUGAAUGGAGGAAUGGAAUCUUAUUCGUCUUCCGUCGACUAUGGAUAUGAUGACAGUAACAGCAUGAUGAACAUGGAGUCGGUAAUGGAUAAUAUUUAUCCAAAUGGAAAGAAAGAGAUGGAUUUGAUAGAAAUGGUUUCUUCUUCCCAUUUCUGUAAUGGUAAUAGCAAAUAGUUGUAGUUUUAAUGGUAUAAUGAGCUUUUUCUUGCAGCAUAUUUUGGUAAAAAGAAAAAAAAAAAAAAGAAAAGGAGACUUUAGCUGAUUGUAGUUCCAUUUACAGAGAUCAAGUGAUAGAAAAAAAAAAACUGUUAGGAGAAUGAGCGUUUCUUGAUUUUUAAAGAUUGAUUGUAGUGGCAGUUGAUUAAGGUUUGAUGAGAGUAUUAUAAUGGUUUGUGGACAAGUGGUGGAAAUGGGAUUUUUUUUUUUUUUUUUAAUUUUCUGUUGUAGGGUUGCUGAACUAUGCAAUCAUUUUCAUGACUCUUGUUUUGUUUCAGUUUCUGUCUUUU